AUGCGUUUCGCCAACAAUGCCAUCGCCAGCCUUGCUCUCCUGAGCGGAGUUGCCAUUGCCCACCCCGGCCACAACGUCGCCGAGGAGGCCGCUGAGCGCCGCGACUUCCUUCAGUCCGUCAAGCGUGCUUCUCUCGCCCACUGCGCCGACAAGCUCAAGGCUCGCGGUGUCGAGGCCCGAAACGUCGCCCGUCGCUCUGCCCAGCUCGAGAAGGCCCGCCAGAAGCGCGGCCUGAAGAAGCGUGACCUCGACAGCGUCCUCGCCACUUCUCACAACCAGACCGAUCAGGGAUAUACCGUCAACACCGACGCCGCUACUCUCUUCUCCGGAAUCAACUCUUGCGUCCUCACCCCCGAGGUCACCCAGGGACCUUACUACGUUGCUGGCGAGUAUGUCCGCGAGAACAUCGUCGAGGACCAGGGUGGUCUCGAUAUCGUUCUUGACUACCAGGUCAUUGAUGUCGACACUUGCGAGCCUAUCCCUGAUGUCUACCUCGAGAUGUGGCACUGCAAUUCUACCGGUGUCUACUCCGGUAUUGUUUCCAGCGGCAACGGUGACAGCUCCGACGAGACCAACAUCGACAACACCUGGCUGCGUGGUAUCCAACUGACCGACGAUGAUGGUGUUGCUCAGUUCGAGUCCGUCUUCCCUGGCCACUACACCAGCCGUGCCACCCACAUCCACAUCAUGAUUCACACCAACGCCACGCUGCUCGCCAACCAGACCCUGGGCAUGGACAACUAUGCUAGUCACGUUGGCCAGGCCUUCUUCGACCAGGACCUGAUCACCGAGGUCGAGCUUCUCGCCCCCUACAACACCAACACCCAGGAGCUCACCACCAACGCCGAGGACUCCAUCCUGAGCGAAGAGGUUGCCACUGAGGGAGUCGACCCCGUCAUGGAGUACACCCUGCUCGGAGACAGCGUGUCCGACGGCCUCUUCGCCUGGUUGGCCUUCGGAAUCAACUCUACCUUGUCCCAGUCCAUCACCCCUGCCGCCUACCUUUACGCUGAGGGCGGUGUUGCCAACUCCAACUCCGGCGGCGGUAUGGGCGGCGGCUCCGGCGGCCCCAGCGGCACUCCCGGUAGCGGCCCCAGCGGCACCCCCGGCAGCGGCGCAAGCGGCAGUGCCCCCACUGGAGCUGCUCCCUCCGGCUUCACCAGCAGUGUUUCCACCUCUGCCGCGUCUACCACCACCAAGAGCAGCAAGUGCAAGGCCUAAAUUCUCCCAACGCUUCAACCAUUGGACUCGAACAUCAGGGAUCAAUAGAACAAGGAUAGAAUCAUGGGGUGAGAAAGGAGAGCCUUGGAGACAUUCGAAAGGAUUUGGCCUUUCAGUCUCCCAAUCACUAGGCUCUGGAGUUCCGAUUGCUUUAUUCGGGAGAGCUGGCCUCUGAACAGUCAAGGGUUUGAGGGUUUCAAAUGUACAAAACACGCAACGCAUUAGAUAUAGAUCAUUGAGAGAUUUGGAUUUCCCAUCUCUACCCAC